CCUCCCCACACAGCCAAUCAAAGACCAGCAACAUGGCCAUGCAAACCCCCCAUCCUAGAGUAGACCUUUGUCCACCAGACAAACAACACAAGUGCAUGUCGCAUCUCCAACACAAAGAAAACUCACCCUCAUAAUCACUGUAAGUACUACUACUAGUACAGCUUUCAACAGCUCUCACUACAGACGAUAUAUACAGUAUAUACAGCAUCACACACAUUACAGACUUGGCAUUGCUGAAAUUUGUGCUUUUUGAAAACUUUCUAUAUAUUUUGCCGAUUUCAUCACUAAUUGAUUGUGCUGCAUGCUCAGGAUAACAGAUCAUCUACCAGGAAACUACAGAUCACAUCCCUAAAAAGGAAAUGUCCGCUAAGUCUGCUUAUCAACGUUGGCAUGAAUGGAGGUUGCGUGUGGUAUCUGACUCCAACCAGCAUGAGAGCAUCAAGCAAAGACAGCGGGAACAAAAGAGAAAGGAGAGGGCCCACUUCAAGGAGAAAGCUUCCAACACCCAACUAGAGGCCAAGAGGGCAGCAGAUAGAGAGAGACAGCGUAGACGAAGGGCGAGGCUCAGAGCUGCCAAAGAGAUGGAAGCUGCUACAGGGACCGUUCCUGCAGUUGGUGCAUGCAGUAAACCAAGGGUGGUCCCGCAGGUGAACAGUAACAAAGCACAUUCAAAUUCCAAGUCAAGUCGACCUCCGAUGAAGAUUAGCGUCACAGGACUCAUUUCUGCAAGGAGAGGAAAUCGCUUUCCAGAUAGAUCCACUCCACCUAAAGAACUGCACAUCUGGAACAAUGUGAAUGGACACGUUAACCCACCACUUGGCAGAAUGGAAGCCAAAGUGAGUGAUGUCUUACAGAAGAGCCCUCUUGUCAUGGACACCAAGUUCUUAGGUGAUAUGUUCAUGCCACAAAACAACAACCUGCCAUCAUUCACACCACAUCCUGGACCUCAUGCCCAAAAGUUCCCGGAACAAGAUCAACCUCUUUGCUUGAAGAAGACUGUACCCAGGCUGACUAAGGUUGUAGACAGAGACUUCAAGAGAACUCUCAUAAGUCCUUCAGAUCACCUAAAGAAGGCCAAUGCUUGCUCACCAAACUCUUGGGAUGCUGUCGAUCAAAGUAGUAGAAAGAGGUCACGGAAGCAGUUGCUCCCCCUCAAAUAUGUUGCCUUACACUAGUACCAGAAGUCCAAAACCUCACUUAUAAAAUAUAAACAGUUGCAGACUUGCAGUUGAUUCUAAUUGAUCACAACUCUGUACUAAAUACAUGUACAGUAGGGGUUUAUUCAUUAUGACCCAAAUUCACGAAGAGGGUUAAAUUUAACCCAUGGUUAAAAUCCUCAUCUAAAUAAUCCCAUGGUUUAGUAUUAGCACAAAUUAAGCGUACCUUGCCUUACACGCGUCUAAUAUUAGACCUCUGACUGUGUCGCGCUUAUUUUGCGCUAAUUCUUGACCUUGGAUUAUGUAAAUGAGGAUUUUAUAAACCAUGGGAUAAAUUUAAACCUUCUUUGUGAAUUAAUUAGGGCCUGUAAGUUUGCAAUUGAUUGGAGGACUUGUGAUCAAUCUGGAUCAAUUGGAACUCUUUAAAUCAUGAAGUCUUUGAAAUGCCUUAGGUUUAUCGUUAGGUUAUUUAACAUUUGCUACAGCCACAAUUCUUUUAUUGUUCCAUGUUUUAUUUUGUCAAACAUAAAGAAUUACGGUUAGAGUUAGGGUUACAUUUGGGAUUUUGUUUAGGGUAAGACUGGUGUUUGGUUCGGGGUUGAAGUUUUAGAAUUCAGUUAGCAUCUUUAUACAUGUACAUGUAGGUAAUUGUCCACAGAGCAACCAAGCGAACAUUGCUGCAGGGUGCCAACGAAGGCUAAUGCAUAUUUGAUGUGUAGAUACAUGUAUAUGAUUUUCAAUGUUCUACAACAACAAAAGAGUUUUGUAAGCUCCAAAGUCCAAACAUGCUUCUUGAUCAAAUAUUUACUUUUUCAGUUUUUUUAGCCAUAUUGUAAACAACAACUAUUUUCAACAUUUAAACCUUUACAAAAUUGGUGGGGUAUACAGUGAAUUUACACUUUUUCACAAACAUUUUGCAUCCUCAAUGUUUGUUAUUUACUUGUACUUUUAUGUAUUCAGUAAUGUACCCUGAAAUAAUGUGUAUGACAUGGAUAUCUCAUAAAUUCUGUUCUUCCUGCAAAUAAUACAGGUGACUUACUUUGUCCAUGUUAAUUGGUUAGGUGAAUUAAAAGAAAUUCUUAAAAAUUAUUUUCUUAUAACUUGUAGGCUCUUACAAAGGAGAGAGCCCCCCCCCCCCCCCCAUGUUGCCACUUGAGAUAUACUGGGGAGAAAGUUGCAUUAUCAACUAAAAUCCUGAAGUUUUUAAGAUCACUAGUUAAUCAAAAUUGGCCCGGCAAUAAUUCCCUUUGCAAUGCUACUCAUACAUGAAUGCAUAUGGAGUAUUGUAUAGGCCUCCCGUAAGUUGACUUCUACAAUUUUUACAUGUAUUUUUACAAUUUUUACAUGAAAAAGAAAAAUCAUCAUAAAUAAGAUAAAAUCAUUUUUAAGUGCAUGGUAAAAAAAAAAUAUCACAGGUAUUUUCCACUAUUAAUUUUUUCAUUCAUUUAUGGUCUUAUACUGUCACACCAGGAGAAUUUGCAAGUGAACUAUAUUCAUGAAGUUUUAUGCCAAAAAAUGUAAGAAUCACAACAUGAAUAUUUGUAAAUUUGCGUAAGGUUCUUGCCGCAAAAAUGGCUAUAGUAUAGGCCUAUAUUUUAUAAUAAUGACUUUGACUUGCGUUUACCUUCUUCCUGCAAAGUCUGCUGGUUAUACAGUUACCGUACUUAUUUAGGAUAAUUUAGCGACAUGUAUGAUGUAUGAUUCUUUGAUCACCUUGUUAAUAGUAAUUAAGUACAGAUAUCAAGCUACCUGUACAUGUACAUGUACUGUAUGUGCACUAUGUCUGGUUUCAUUACUUGAAAAUGUGUAUUUUUUCUUCUAAAUGACCUCCUAUUUUUCCAUGAUGUCUAGGAUGAUGCAAAGUUUGCAGACAUCUCAUUAAACAAUGAAAGUUAAUUUCAA